AUGGACAAUCUCUUCCGACGCCUGACCAGGAAGUCCUCCAAGGGCAGUGAUUCAGCUGCUGUUUCUCCCCGACCAUCAGGGCCAACGCCCUCGACGGCCUCUGCCCAAAGAGAAAUUCAAUCAAUUCAAUCAAUUCAAUCUCCCAUCGCCUGGGCCCGAAACAACAACAGAGACGCCAGCAACCCCCAUGCCAGCACCACUCCCACGCGUCGUCCAGCAGCAGCAGAACCACCGCCCCCUUACUCCCCUCGCUCAGCUUCGAAUACCAACACCACGGCCAAUGUGCCCUAUUCGCCCGCCGACCUGUCCAAUUCCAUGCAGGUCGCAGAUGACUCGCCUUACGCAUUCCUGCGCACCUUUGACACCAUCUUCCUGAUCGACGACUCCGGGUCCAUGGCAGGCCGCUCCUGGCGAGAAACAUCUGCUGCACUCGCGGCCAUCGCCCCGAUCUGCACGGCCCACGACCCGGACGGCAUCGACGUCUACUUCCUGAACCACCGCAACCCGCACACCACACCUAACGGACAAGGCGGGUAUACCAACAUCACCACCACCUCCGGGGUGCAGAGCCUGUUCCAGAACGUGCGACCACUAGGGGGCACACCCACGGGGACACGCCUCAACCAGAUCCUCAAACCCUACCUCUCGGAACUGGCCGAUUCGCUCAAUCGCCAGGCCCGCAGCGGUGACGACUCGGCCCCCACGGUGAAGCCGCUCAACAUCAUCGUCAUCACCGACGGCGUGCCCUCGGACGACGUCGAGAGCGUCAUCGUCAACGCCGCCCGCAAACUCGACGCCCUGAACGCCGAGCCCUGGCAGGUGGGUAUCCAGUUUUUCCAAGUCGGCCGCGAACCCGAGGCCCGCGACAUGCUCCGCGAACUCGACGACGCCCUGAGCGCCGAGUACCACAUCCGCGACAUGGUCGACACGGUGCCCUGGAACGGCGAGGACGACGACGAGCAAGAAGGCCUCACCGCCCAGGGCCUGUUGAAGGUGUGCUUGGGCAGCGUGGUCCGACGGUGGGAUCGGCGGACUGUUUGA